GGCAGCGGGGAGGGAAGUGAGAAAAAAAGGCAGGUGAAAAGGUCUGAGGGGCCCACUGGGCGUUGAGAAGAAAGAGAAGACUAGGAGAAGUUGCGUAAGACACAGGGGCAGUGCCGUGUAAUGUCUAGGGCACCAGAGCAUUGGAUUGCAUCGUGGGGUUUGUCACAGGAGCACUUCCAGCCUCUUGGGGCAGCCCUGUGGAGUCCGCUGGGACCUAGGUUCUGACAGAAAAACGGACUUGUUUUUGCAGAGGCACAGUUACCUAGCUCUAGAAGUUUUCAUUUCAUCGAUAUGCACAUUCUGUUACUCUGGGAGAGCAGAGAAGAGGUGUAGAAGGAAAAGGGAAGAGAAAAAGGGGAAGGGAAAAGAGAACGGCUUUCACGUUGGCUUCUCUUUUCGAACUUCUCAAGGCAAACCCUUGCCUCCAGAAUAUGAUGGCGAGUCAAGUUGUAAAACCUGAUACUAGAAAUUGCAAGAGACCAAGAGAGCUGGAGAUCUUUCUCCAUUUUGUCAGCAACCUUUCUACCAUUGCAGUGGGUUUCCUUUCUGUGAUAGUACGUUGGAUCUCAGUUUUGAAGAAGUAUGUGGAAAGUACUCGUCAGAAGAAGGCAAUCUUCAGUAAGCAAGAGAGGCUUCCAUGUAUUGCACCACUAGUAACCACGGUGGAGGAGACACCACAGAAUGUCUCUGCUUGCGUCCGAGGACAUUUUCCUCAGUGGCUCCGUGGCUACCUGCUUCGAGUUGGGCCUGGGAAAUUUGAAUUCGGGAAGGAUAAGUACAAUCACUGGUUUGAUGGGAUGGCUUUGCUUCACCAGUUCAGGAUGGAGAAGGGCACAGUGACGUAUAGAAGCAAGUUCCUACAGAGUGAUACUUAUAAGGCCAAUACUGUUCAUGAUCGAAUUGUGAUCUCAGAAUUUGGCACGCUGGCUGUCCCUGACCCCUGCAAGAAUGUUUUUGAACGUUUCUUAUCAAAGUUUGAAGUGCCUGCAAUAACUGACAACACCAAUGUCAACUAUGUGCAGUACAAGGGUGACUACUACCUUAGUACUGAGACCAACUUUAUGAACAAAGUGGACAUCAAAACUCUGGAAAAAACUGAAAAGGUAGACUGGAGGAAAUUCAUUGCUGUGAAUGGAGCAACUGCACAUCCUCACUAUGACGCUGAUGGAACAGCUUACAACAUGGGGAACUCCUAUGGGUCACGUGGUUCUUGCUAUAAUGUUAUUCGAGUUCCUCCAGAGAAGGUGGAUCUUGGGGAGACAAUCCAUGGAGCCCAGGUGAUAUGUUCUAUUGCCUCUGCAGAGGGGAUGAGACCUUCUUACUAUCAUAGCUUUGGAAUGACAAGGAACUACAUAAUCUUCAUUGAACAACCUCUAAAGAUGAAUUUGUGGAAAGUUGUCACUUCUAAAAUCCGGGGAAAGUCCUUUGCAGAUGGAAUAAGCUGGGAACCCCAGUAUAAUACACGGUUUCAUGUGGUAGAUAAGCACACUGGACAGCUUCUUCCAGGGAUGUACUACAGUAAACCUUUUGUUACUUUUCAUCACAUCAAUGCCUUUGAGGACCAGGGCUGUGUUGUAAUUGAUUUGUGCUGUCAAGAUGAUGGAAGAAGCCUAGAAGUUUACCAACUACAGAAUCUCAGGAAAGUUGGGGAAGGGCUUGAUCAGUCCUUAUAUGUCUUUUAUUUCUUUUUCAUGCCUUAUUAUAUUGGCGAGGACCUCAAAUUGAAAAGAAGUAGUUAUAGCAGUAAUCAUUUUCCCCUUCUCAUCUGGAAAAUGUUUAAUAAUUCACUAUUAAGUAUGAAAUUCCUACAGGUCUAUAAUUCAGUAGGCAGAUCUUUCCCUCGAAGGUUUGUUUUGCCCUUGCAUGUCAGUUUGAAUGACCCCGAGGGACAGAACCUCAGCCCAUUGUCCUAUUCUUCAGCCAGUGCUGUGAAACAGGCUGAUGGAAAGAUUUGGUGCUCCUAUGAAAAUCUACAUCCUGAGGGUCUAGAGGAUGAAGGAGGUAUUGAAUUUCCCCAGAUCAACUAUGGCCAAUUCAGUGGCAGAAAGUAUCGUUUCUUCUAUGGCUGUGGCUUUCGGCAUUUGGUGGGGGAUUCUCUGAUCAAGGUGGACGUGGUAAACAAAACACUGACGAUUUGGAGAGAAGAUGGCUUCUACCCCUCGGAACCUGUGUUUGUUCCUGCACCAGGAACCAGUGAAGAAGAUGGUGGGGUUAUUCUCUCUGUGGUGAUCACCCCCAAGCAGAAUGAAAACAAUUUUCUACUAGUCUUGGACGCCAAGAACUUUGAAGAACUGGGCCGAGCCGAAGUGCCCGUGCAAAUGCCUUAUGGGUUCCAUGGCACCUUUGUCACCAUCUGAUGGAACAACUCACAAGGCCUAGAAACUAAGUUUACAAUGAACAUUCUCUGUACAAAAAAAGAGAGCAAAAAAGGCACCUUACCUUCCAAACUGUAGAGAUCUGGUUGUAAAAUUUCUAUUAAAAAACAAAUUCUUGGGGUGCCUGGGCGGCUCAA